CAACAGGUAAUGGAACGGCUGAGCACUACCAAGUCAUGAGUGAUCUAUCUGAUCCUAUAUAUAUGUAUACACACCCACAUUCAUUUCCAAAAAGACGCUAAUUUCUCCCAUCUCAGGCACCAAUAAUCGGAGGAGGAUCUGGGGCUCAAGGGGGUUUCGUCAUGGCUUCCAAGCGGAUCUUGAAGGAACUCAAGGAUCUCCAGAAAGAUCCUCCUACCUCUUGCAGCGCAGGUCCAGUUGCCGAGGACAUGUUUCACUGGCAAGCAACAAUUAUGGGUCCCUCCGACAGUCCUUAUGCAGGUGGAGUGUUUCUAGUUACCAUACAUUUCCCUCCAGAUUAUCCGUUUAAGCCACCUAAGGUUGCAUUCAGAACAAAGGUCUUUCACCCUAAUAUCAACAGUAAUGGCAGUAUUUGCCUUGAUAUAUUGAAGGAACAGUGGAGCCCUGCCCUUACUAUUUCCAAGGUAUUGCUCUCCAUCUGUUCUCUAUUAACGGACCCGAAUCCUGAUGACCCUCUGGUGCCCGAGAUUGCUCACAUGUACAAGACAGACAGGAGCAAGUAUGAGACAACUGCCAGGAGCUGGACCCAGAAGUAUGCAAUGGGUUAGCGGAUGUUGCCAUUUGUGAUAGGAGGGCUCCUUUACCUUGCGCUUUGGUCUUUUAUCUGUAAUUUAUGAAUGAAGACGUACGAUCUGUCUGCUGUAAGAUGGACCGAGAGAGGGAAAGGUUUGAAUCCUGCCCUUCUUAAAAAAACACAGGUGCUGCUUUUGAAUUGUCUGUAUGGUAAAUUGUAUGUGUAACUAAGAAGUAUGCUUCUUAAUGUUUGAAGGUCUUCACUCUUCAUCA